CUCCUGGGGGCGAGGGGCGGGGCAUCCCUUGGCCACGCCCCACAGAACCACCGCGUUGGGGAUUGGCCGGCGGUAGGCGGUGACGCAGCGCGCAGGGGCGGCUGUCGCGGCGCGGCUGGCGGCCGUAAAGCGCGGAAGGUCAGUCAGGCCUCCCCCUGCCCCAGGUGAGCCGGCGCGGCCCCGCCGUCCCCGCGGCCCCGGCCCGUUUCUCCGGCAGCCGCCGGGGCUCAGCCCGCGGGGGGGCCGUCCGCCCGCCCGCCCCCGCUCUUUGCCCUGCCCUGCCCUCCUCUCCCCUCCCCGCGGCACCGUAAGCGCUCGGCCGCGGGCCUGCCCCGCUCCCCGGGAUCGGGAGCUCCGGAGGAGGCAAGCGGGCCGAGGCGGCGGUUCUCCGGCCUCCGGGGCUGCCAGCGCGGCUCCACUGCUGCUGCGGCCCCCUUCUGUCAGGUCGGGAGCGGGGAGCGUGGCGGCCCGUCAGGCGCCGUUGGCGCCUUUUCGACACGGCUCUGUGGCGUGUGGCAGGCUGCGGCUGAGAGAACCCUCCUGGCUGCGGCAGGGACCCGCCUGGCGCAGGCAGAGUCUUAAAUUCCAGCUUUGGUCACUGGGCCGAGCUGCUCUUACCGCAGUCAGAGGGCCUGGGUAAUGUCUUGUGGUAAAACUAACGUUAUCGGAGAGCGUGCCUCGAGUUCCUUGUUCUAGUUGCUCUGAUGACAGACUCUUUCCUUCCUCAGAAGGAGUGGUACUGAGUUAACGCCUGAACGCGUCUAGGUGGUGCUUUAAGAAAACUGACAAAUAGCUGCCAGGAUGCUUCUCCGAUUACUGUCAGAUGUCCGGUGGCGGGCGGCUAACCCAAAAUGGAGAAGAAUGACCUGCUCCCGGCAAAGUACCUCAAAUACAGCAGAACCUCACCCAGUUUCCUUGCCAGCACAGGCGCAGGUUGUCAUCUGUGGUGGUGGAAUCAUGGGCACCUCCGUGGCAUAUCACCUUUCCAAGAUGGGUUGGAAGGAUAUAGUCUUACUUGAGCAGGGCAGAUUGGCAGCUGGUACCACUCGCUUCUGUGCUGGCAUCGUGAGCACAGCCAGGCACGCGUCCAUAGAGCUGAAGAUGGCAGACUAUUCAAACAAACUCUACCAGCAGCUGGAACAAGAGACAGGAGUAAAAACAGGGUACAUGAAGACAGGCUCUGUUUCACUGGCUCAGACUCAGGAUCGACUAAUCUCUCUGAAACGCAUUGCUUCAUCGCUGAAUGUAAUGGGGAUACCUUGUGAAAUUAUCACCCCAAAGCAAGUGGCACAGCUCCACCCACUGAUCAACAUCCAUGACCUUGUGGGGGCCAUGUAUGUGCCAGAAGAUGCACUCGUGUCAUCUGCCAAUGUGAGUCUGGCUCUGGCAACUGCUGCCUCACGGAACGGUGUCCAGAUUCAUGAACGGACGAGUGUCAGUCAUGUCUCAGUCCAGAAGGGUCGCGUGACUGGAGUCGAGACCGACAGAGGACAGAUUCAAUGCCAGUACUUCGUCAACUGUGCUGGCCAGUGGGCCUAUGAGUUGGGCCACUCUGGGGAGGAACCAGUCAAUAUCCCACUCCAUGCCUGUGAACACUUCUACCUCCUGACACAUCCUUUGAAGGAACCUCUGGCAAGCAACUUACCAACUAUUGUAGACCCAGACGGCAGGAUCUACAUACGCAACUGGCAAGGUGGCAUCCUUUCGGGAGGGUUUGAGAAAAACCCCAAACCUCUUUUCACGGAGGGACGGAACCAGCUGGAGAUUCAGAACCUUCAAGAAGACUGGGAUCAUUUUGAGCCACUUCUGAGUGCCCUUCUGCGCAGGAUGCCGGAUUUGGAGACUCUGCAGAUUAUGCAGUUGGUGAAUUGCCCAGAGUCCUUCACGCCAGACAUGCGGUGCAUCAUGGGAGAGUCACCCACCGUGCGGGGCUACUUCGUUCUGGCUGGCAUGAACUCAGCUGGUAUCUCAUAUGGUGGGGGAGCAGGCAAGUACCUGGCAGAGUGGAUGGUAAAUGGGUACCCAUCAGAAAAUGUUUGGCCUCUGGAUUUGAAACGUUUUGGUACCCUUCAGAGCAGUCGCACUUUUCUCCGUCACCGUGUGAUGGAAGUAAUGCCCCUCAUGUGUGAUCUGAAGGUUCCCCGCUGGGACUUCCAGACAGGCAGGCAGCUGCGUACUUCACCACUGUACGACCGUCUGGAUGCGCAGGGAGCUCGGUGGAUGGAGAAGCAUGGAUUUGAGAGAGUCAAGUAUUUUGUCCCACCUGGGAAAGAUCUGCUGGAUUUGGAUCAGAGCAAAACCUUUUACAAACCAGACUGGUUUGAUAUUGUGGGUUCCGAAGUCAAGUGCUGUAAGGAAGCAGUUUGUGUCAUUGACAUGUCGUCUUUUACGAAGUUUGAAAUCAGCUCGACAGGAGACCAGGCCCUGGAGAGUCUGCAGUAUCUCUUCUCAAAUGACCUGGAUGUGCCGGUUGGGCAUGUUGUGCAUACAGGCAUGCUUAACGAGAAGGGAGGUUAUGAGAAUGACUGCAGCAUCGCACGAUUGAGCAAACGCAGCUUUUUCAUGAUUUCCCCGACUGACCAACAAGUCCAUUGCUGGGCCUGGCUGAAGAACCGCUUGCCUGAUGACAGCAACCUGACCAUGGAAGACGUGACCUGGAAGUACACGGCUCUCAAUCUGAUCGGUCCUCGUGCUGUGGAUGUCUUGUCAGAGUUGUCAUAUGCCCCGAUAACUCCAGAACACUUUCCCUCGCUCUUUUGCAAGGAGAUGAGCGUGGGCUAUGCUAACGGCAUCCGUGUGAUGAGUAUCACUCACACAGGAGAACCUGGAUUCAUGCUUUAUAUCCCCAUAGAGUACGCCCUUCACGUGUACAAUGAGGUGAUGAACAUGGGACAGAAGUACGGGAUUCGGAACGCCGGUUAUUACGCACUCCGCAGCCUGCGCAUUGAGAAGUUCUUUGCAUUCUGGGGCCAGGAUCUGGAUGCUUUUACCACUCCUAUGGAGUGUGGACGCGAGUUCCAGGUCAAGCUGGAAAAGGGAAUGCAGUUUGUUGGCCAGGAAGCACUGUUGGAACAGAAGCAGAACGGUGUGUACAAGCGCUUUACCAUGUUCAUUCUUGAGGACCAUGACACAGAUACGGACCUCUGGCCCUGGUGGGGGGAACCCAUUUUCCGCAACGGCCGCUACGUGGGCAAGACCACCAGCAGCGCCUACAGCUACACUCUGGAGCGCCACGUCUGCCUCGGCUUCGUGCAGCACUUUGACGAGCAGACGGGAGAAGAGCUGGUGGUGACAACUGACUUCAUCAACCAGGGCGAGUACGAGAUCAACAUUGCUGGGCAGCGCUUCCAGGCCAAAGCCAAGCUCUACCCCUUCAGCUCCCUCUUCGCGCACCGUCGCCGCAAGGAUGAGGUGGAACUGAGCGGCUACCAGAGGGAGUAGCGCUAACUAGACCUGACCCGCUCUUUUUCCCAAGCUGGAAUCUUCUGCCACCAUCUUCCAGUCCUCUCUCCUCACCCCAUAUAUUUUUUUUUCCCUUUUCCUUUCUUGUCUUGCAACUUUUAAACUUUUUCCAGUGUGUUACAUUUUGUAUAUUUUAAAACUUUAAUUUUCAAGCUUUCCCCAUCUUGUCUGUCUCCCUCCCUCAACCCUUUGCUUGCCAGGCCCUGUGCCCCAGUGGAUGAAGCACAGUGCUGAGCAUGCAUCCAGAAGUCCGUGGGAAGCCUGUACAGGAGUAAACCCCACCAGAGACCCUAACCUUAUGGUGAUGGGAAGGGUUCAGUGAACCUCUGAGGACUACACCCUUCCUCUCUCCAGCAUAAGGCGUGGGACAGCAGGUAUUUGCUGCCUGUAGUUCAGAUGAACGCUGUGACUUCACCCUGUAUAUCGCGUCGUAGAGGGGUCGGUGCAUCGAUGCGCGCAGCAAUAGAACGAUCAGCUACCUCACUGGCACGAGAAGUAGCGUGUGAGCAGCAGCCAAGAGACAGGGUUUGGUAUAGUCUGGCCUGUCACUGCCCCUCUUUGUCCACCAAUUAUUUUUUUUCCCUAUUGGGGAGUCAAGUAGAUUUCAUCAUCAGAUCAUUGAGAUGACAGUAGAGCCGGUAAGUUUGUUGUUGUUACUGUGACUGGAUUUUUUGCGUGGGGGUCACCGAAACUAGAUCGCCUUCUAUAAAUAUAAUUGAAGAUCAACACGUGUGUUUCACUCCUAUAAAGGAAUGGGAUUUGUUUGGGUUUUUUUAUUAGCAAAAAUACUGAUUUCUAACAAGAACAGAUGUUAGUGUUCAAUGUUAAUAGCAGUGUUGGAAUGCUGCUUCUGUUUCGGCCGCACAGUGUACAGUCUCUUUGGAGAUCUUCUUUCGCUUUCCUUUGUUUAUAUGACUCAGUCCAGUUCAUCUGGCAAGGUUCGUGCAGUGCACGCAAGUUUCACGUAAAACUUGUGUUGGUUUGGGGAGCUUGAGCAGCAGGAGGGGAAAACAUCUUGUGUUUUCAGCUGCCCGUGGUUAUUUUGAAAUUACAGGAAAGGACCCAGCGUUUGUCUUACCUGUGGUGCUGGUAGUAUUGCAAGAAGCACUGGGUUUUCUUGAGCAGCUCAGCAGCUCCUGCCAGACUUGAGAAGUUGUCUUCUGUUUUUCUUCUCAAAUCUGUUGCACUUCUUACUUCUCUGUCUUGGUAGUACCUCAGCUGAAGGGAUUGAGUAGAGGGAGUGUGGAAGUGGGAUUACACAUUGCUUUCCUUCAGCAAAGCUCUUGGCCGUCGUGUUCCUCAUACGGAUGCUUGAGACAGUGCAGCUGGGGUUCACCCCUUCUUCAAGCAUCAAAAUAUGCUGAUUCAAACACUGAUGGUAAAUGGUAAAGAAGGGGAGGAUGUUGAAUUAUGUUGCAUGUUUUACGUCUUCCUCUUUUUCUUCUUCCCAUUGUGAGCACAAUCAAAAGCAGAGAUUCUCUUUAUUUACUUGAAAAAGAUGUUAAACCUUUUGCUGCCUUUGUCUACUGUGUACUCGUCAUGGUCUUUCUGCUCCCGCAUCUUUCUCUCUGGAGUUCAAACACAACCUUGCAGUGAUGUCUGCCUGCCCUGUCAGCCAUGAUAAACACUUUCUCUAUCAUCUAGAACCUUUUUUGGGCACUUUCUUUUCCAGUUAAAUGGCGAGCGUCAGUAGUAUGAGCUCAAAACCUUGACUGGUUCUUGGUUUAAGUUUGAUUUCUGCUGCUUUAGUCAGGUCAUGCCUUCAGUUGAGUCUGUGGUCUGUCAGUUCAUGAUGCAGAUGUUCUCAGCAUGCAAAAGCCAUUGGAUGGCCCUAAGGCAGCAAAGGUGAAAGUCCAGAACUUUUACCCCUUAAAACAGGUUGUCACGGCAAGCUUCCCUGUCCAGGGUGAUGUGGAAGCUGCGAAACCAAAGAGAGUCAGGAAGGGGUGUAAGAGAAUUACGGAUUUGAGCAUGCGAUGCAGUACGUUGAACGUAGAUGUCACUUCUUCGAGCGUGCUCUCCUUUGAAUGGUGAAUUCCUUUGUAGUGCAUGACCUCUUCAGGGAUUUCAAACUUCCUUUCAAAUUGACCCGUAAAAAUUCCCCGCUCUCUGAAACGUAGUGACCAUAGUAGGACGGCUUUUGGAGAUCUUCCAGUUGAGAUUAGCCUGCAUCGCUGUUGAAGGUGGAGACUGUAAUUUAUUCCAAAUUCCCCUAUAAUUGCUCUCUGAAUUAAAAUUUUACCUGGUGUAUCAGGAUUAUUUGCUUAAAUGAAAGGUUCAUGAGACAUCUAAUAGCAGUUUAAAAUACAAUUGUUCUUGCAUGUCUUUCCUGCAUAGAGGGACGCCGCAGUCCCCCUGCUCCCGUGCUGGAUGCAGGUACCAAGGAGGACCUCUGCUCUACCAGCCUGUCACCUGGGAAUUGUGCACCAGGUCACUCCAAGAUACUUGUCCGUCCUGUUGUCCCUCCGUUGCAUUUAGGGGAUGUCGCUGUGCCUCCCUUAUCCAGGGAAGCAGGCAUUCGGCCAAAGGAAGAGUUUUAUACUUGAUGCUUAGGAUGUGUUUUAGAGCAGCCUUUCUGAUCAGAGUUUAUCAACCAUUUGUUGUUGCUGGUGAGGCUUGAUACUUCUUCAGGAGAAAGCAAAGUAUUCAGCCGAGGAGAGCUAAAGUGCUUAGCGCAACUCCUGAAGAGAGAUUUUAGCUCGAACCAGUUUGUUCUCUGCAGAGUUGGAACUAGUUCAGACCAAACUGGAAAGUUAGCAGCAUGCUGUCCUCUACCAGCCACUCGUUCCUGAAGUAGCAUUGAAGUUGCAGCCAGAUUAUAUUCCUCCUUAUGAUUAUUUUUUCUUUUCCCUAAUUUAAAGGUGCCUGUUAGUUCCUCAGAGAACUUUUGAUAUGGGUGUCUCUUCCCACAGCAGUUCUGAACAAUAAAAUUGUGUUUUAUGAGCUACA